AAAACGUACUGGGGCAAUUCAUUGCAAAUCAGUUUUGAUUCCGCUACACGUGACUGGAUGUCGGGCACAACAGGUCAUUUCACCAGCGCACGACUGGUGUCCCAUAGGAGGCAAUCCAAGGCCAUAAUUUGGUGCUCAACAGCCAUUCAGCAACAUGUCGUCUUCACCCAUCAUACCUGAGAUUACGAUAGAGCAGCCGGUGAAGCCACGAAAACCUCGCAUGGGAAUCGAUCCCGCCAAUAUUAUCGACGGACCCCGGUUGAAGAAGCGCAAGGAGUCGCCGGAUCCAUCAGCUGGCGGCAAGCACAAACAAGGCAGGCCCUCUGAAGAGAAGAGAAGAAGUAUAAAGCAAGAAGAGGCAGAUGUAGGGACUGAACAGAGAGUCAAGGUCGCCGAGGAUGGUAGUGGUGUGUGGAAGACGGUGAGGGAGGAGAAAGAUUCAACCGGCCGGCUCCUAUGUUACGACUUCCUCCGACUGCCGAGCAGGCGUUUGUAUCCUGACUAUUAUGAGAUCAUCAAGCGGCCUCUUUGUAUGGAGGAUGUUAAGAUGAGCCUCGACAGCCUCUCGUAUUCGAAUCUCGAAGCCGUCAGGCAGGACCUACUCACCAUAUUUCGCAACGCUCAGCGGUACAACGUGAAGGAGAGUACCAUUUGGCAGGAUGCUAAACAUAUGAAGAAACUUAUCAACAAACAAUUCAAAGCUCUAAAUCAUCAUAGCCACGAUGAUGAUGACGACGACGACGAGCACGCUGGCCAAGCAAAACCUAUACAUGAACAAGCUGAGCUGGACGUCGAUGGCGUGGACAUCGGCGUGGACGGUGAAGACGCUCAUGACGGUCAUGAAGCAGAAACCGGCGUGAAGUCCAGGAAGCGCAGACCGCCCACGAUGCAAAAGGCUCUGCGCUUCAGACUACAGAAGUUGACAAAGAAAACCGAUGAAGAAGCGAACCGCGAUCGUUGCGGCAUCUUCAUGGAGUUGCCUAGUCGCAAAGACUGGCCACAUUAUUAUGAGCUAAUUAAACAACCGAUGUGUUUGAGUCAGAUUCUGGAGAAAGUCAACAAGAACGAAUAUACGUCAGCAGCAGAGUGCACUGCAGACGUCGAUCUCAUGUUCAGCAAUGCAUUGACAUUCAACGAGGAGGGUUCGACUAUCGCAGAGGAUGCUAAAUUUCUGAGGCAAGCUUGGCACGACAGUCUAAAGACUCUUCCAACAAGGAUUUCUGAUCAGCCUUCGUCAAACGGCGAUGCGUCCUUAACCAAAAUCAGGAUCAAACGCCCACUGGAACCUGUUUUGGGGACAAGCUCACUGGUCAACAUCGAUGUCGGCUCUCCAGCUAAGAUGGUUUCACCAGUCUUAGUUUCUCGAUCACCGGGCUUGUCGCAUACAUCGCCAAUUCUUCCUGCUGCCCGAGUUUCGGAAGGGCAAUCCCGAGCAGCCUCCGAAGCGGCAAGCUCUCCCCUUCUUGCGGGCCCAGCGCAGUACCAGGCUCCUACGCCGGUACCAGGUAUGGCACGUCAGUUUCCGAGUGCGAAUCCCCUGGCUGCGUAUUACAGUACUCUGUAUCCAAGUCCUGCUGGCCGUUCAUCACCUUAUAUGUCUCCUCCCACCGGUGGUUCACAGUCUGGUGCAUCAACUGCGACUGCCCUCAUUCCAACAGGUGUUUCAUCCGCUGGAUCGGAGCAGAACCCUCCAACAGGAAAUGGCACAUCCACACCGGCAUCGGUCCCCACUGCCGCGCCAAUGGCAAAGUCACCUCCUCCCCCCGAAGAUCCGAAGAGAAGAAUCAUCAAACAGAUCGACUUGGUCAUCCAGCCUUCGAACCGAACAGUUGCCCUAAAGGACGACAUUGCAAAGGCCUAUUCUCUCAUCUUGGGUCUCAGCGAAAGCAAAAUGCUGAUCGGCCUAGAGUUCAACCCUAUCUAUACGGAAGAAAACGCCACAGAGGGUUCCUCCACCGACGAUGUCCAGAUAAGCAGUCCAGUUGAUAACAACUCGUUGUCACACCAUUUCACCUGCACAGUACGAGUAAACGGCAAGGUGGUUGAAACGAUGCCGACGGAUGAAUUGGUCGUAAAUGGGAAUGCUGACCUUGGGAGAGAAUCACCAGCAUGGCUUGUGGAGCUCACCUCCGGCAUGAACGUCGUUGAUAUUAUUGCGGAACCGAGGGAAUCUCAAGGGAAGGCACAAGUGUGGAAGCUCUUCGUGAUGAAGGUCAGCUGAGAUUUCCCCAUGGGGUUACGAGAUGUGAGACCAUUGUUUUAAUUACGUGUAUCGCCUAUAGUCAC